AUGGAGGUGAACACAACUGAUAAAGCUCUUCUUUCAGUUGAUGGCACCGCGACGCUCUCCUGUUGCAGCUAUCAUUCCGAAGGCACCGCAACAGCUGACAUGCAUUUGCAGUGCGCGUCGCACUGGAGACAUCCAGAGCCAAAGGCGCGAGUGGUGCGCACCUCCAGCACUGGAAAGCGACCCUCGUCGUCUGAACGCAAACCCAGGAGAUCUCUGGAUCCCUUUUCCGCGUCUCAGCUCCAUAAAACAAAGCAUAUGAGAUAUGAGAGUAAAAACGACGAGCUGGUCAGCGUAAAACCCAGUCACUACCGGCGCAUAGUUGUGCUCGGCGCGCCCCGAGUGGGUAAAACGGCGACUAUACGCCGUUUUUUGGGUGAUGAUGGAUUCGAGGAACAGUACGAGCCAACGACCGAAGACUUUCACAGCAAACUCUACCACAUCCGAGGAGAGAGAUACCAGUUAGACAUCCUGGACGCGUCCAAAGAGAGAGACUUUCCGGCCAAGCGAAGACUGUCUAUUCUGACAGGUGACAUAUUCCUGCUGGUGUUCAGCGUAACUGACCGAGAGUCUUUCACGGAGAUUUGCUCGUUACGCGAGGAGAUUUUCACUGCAAAAUCCAAGCUGACCAAAUCCAAAGAAAACAGACAGCUUCCGAUAAUAAUCUGUGGCAAUAAAACGGACUUAAACUCCUCGAGAGCUGUGCAGCACUCCGAUAUCCGCCAGUCUCUCGGGGAGGAAAGUGUCCUCUUUGAGGUGUCUGCCAAAGACUGCACCAACAUGGAGGAGAUGUUCGAGGCCCUGGCGGUGCUGGGAGGGCUCCCCACAGAAACCAGACCCUCUCUCCAUCGAGACAUCUCCAUCCACACGUAUCAAGCGCUGAGCAGCAGAAAGAGAAACAAAAGAGCCAUGAAAGAGCCGUGUGGCGCGGUGCACCCCCUCGCCCGCAGACCGAGUUUCAGUAGCGAUCUGCGGCGCGUGAUGGGCCCGAGCACCCCUAAACGAAGCACACCUAUUGAGAGGUGUCAAAUACAGUAA